UUGUGCGGAAAACAGAUUUUCCACCUCAGAGCCAACUAUAGUGCGCACCGCAACGGACGUCUCUUACCAAAUCGCUUACCAAAGUGUGAAUCUUUGUCCCCCCGGCCGGUGAAUAUAAAAACUCUUGCCUGUGAGCAGUUUGUGUAGCUAAUCGUUUAGCGUGAACCGCGGUAAUGUGUGAUAUACUUGCGGCCAUUUCUUACGGCUACGGCUAUCAUCAGGAGCGGCCCAGAAAACGGGUCAAAAUAAAUAUGACUAUUCCGUCGAGACCAGCACCGCCGCCACCGCAACAGCGCACCACCGCUUCGCGCUACACUCCAACGACCGACUGGGAUUUCUGUACCUUUGGCUCGAGCCCCGCAUCACCCGCAGAUGGCGGCUAUCACCAUCAGCAGCCACAGACCGUGGUGAAGACAAAGAAACCUCCACCACCGAGGCCACCACCACCGAAACUUCAUCCGCCCAAUCCGUCGUCGUCGUCGGCGAUUCCGGCACUCAAAAAGCCGGCCCAACCACAAUCUAUAAACAUUCUGUCCAGUCUGUUUGGCCAAAAGCGUUCCUCGAAUGGCUCGGGAGUACAGAAAACCAGUUCCAGUUCCUGCGUGCCCAUUAAGUUGCUGCCACCCCCACCACCGGCACCCCUGCCGGCCGGAUCGAGCCGAGCGGAACGGUUUAAUGGUGCGGCGUCGUACGGCGGUACACUGUCCACCGGGGCCCCGGUGCAGAACGGUGGCGAGAUGCAACUGAUCACCUUCGACUCACCGCCCAGUUCGCCGACGUUUACGCAGAAAUCGUGCAGCGACUGCAUCAGUGUCGAUAGCUUCAGUUCCGACUCGAACUACUCGUCCCCGGCCGGUGGCAACAUGUCCCAGGCGGAGAGUGGUUUCGAGGACGAUUUUGUUGCCAGCGGUCGACUGGGCUCGGGUGUACCGUGGGGCGAUGCCGUUUCCAGCUCGCGGGGCGAUCCGUUCGAGUCGAGCCACCACCCGGGAGCGGGGCCCCUCAUCUAUGCGCCCCUUCCGCUGGCCACGGCACAGGUGCGGGCACCGUUGCACAACAGCAAGCUGCAACAGUCGGACUUUGUCGAUCCACUGUGCAACGGACGGAGUGCGACGUCCAAGGUGCCGCUGACCGUGUCAAUGCCAACGAUCAUUAAACCUCCCUCGGCGACGGCGGCCACCGGAAGUCAAAAGUCCACCCCAGUGCAUUCGCGAGGUGGUGGCGGUGGUGGCAACACUUUCCUUCAGAAAGGAGGAGCGCCCACGAUCGUCGAUCGCUUCGCACCGGAAGUGGAUGCUUUCGAUUCGCUUCCCUCCUUACCGAUGCCGACCAUUCCACCGCCACCACCACCGCCCCAGUCCGUAGCAGCAGCAGCCAGCGUCCACGGUGGCCACGAAGAAGCGUACGGUAUUGCGUUGUACGAUUUUGAAGGCGAAACGGUCGAAGAUCUUUCACUGAAGGUUAACGAGAAGAUUUAUCUGCUGCGACGAUUAAACGCCGAAUGGUUUAUGGGUCGUGACCGCCGUGGCCUUGAAGGGAUGUUUCCCGUUAGCUACGUCGAUGUGAAGGUUCCACUUUCUGAUGCCACGGCCCCCGACCCGGCACACGGCGCAGCGCGACCAAGUGACAAGGUGCGGGCACUGUAUCACUUCGCGGCCGAAACGGCGGAAGAUCUGACGCUCGUGGAAGACGAUCUCGUCACGGUCCUGUACCAAAUCACGCCCGAGUGGCUGUACGGUGCGACGGUCGACGGUCGAAAGGGUCAGUUUCCGGCCAACUUCAUCGAGUACGUGCCGAAAAAUUUACCGCCAAUGCCGGCAGCGGCAGGAGUGUGUUAGCAAACCAAAUACUACACCCGACGGAACGGAUUGAAUCUCGAGAAUAUUCCUACGGCCGGAAGGAGAAAACGGUGGCCCGUUCUCUCCCCGCCGUACAGCACACGCACGCACACAUCACACAUUGGUCCACAUCACAUCCUGGGUAAACCGUGUAGAAGCUGUGAUUGAACGGAGAGGCGAAGGAGAAGAAGCGUGUUUUGCUUGUGGCCAUGAUGUCGGCGGUCUUUUAUAAUGGUAUAUGCUGUGCGCACGCGGGGGUUAGCCAUCGUUAGUUAGCUGAUAAUAUAGUGGUGAUAAAUAGAUAAACAAACAUAUUUUCACAACCGCGCCUCACCUGCCUGAGGCUGGCAGUUGUGUGCAAAAUAUUGGUACAACAUAGAACGAGAGAAUGUGCACCUUUAACAGAGUAGGCUUAACUUAGUGAGAGACCGCGAGGCCGAAUUGUGUAUUGUGUGGUCCGAGCUACGGCCACAACAUUCGGACUGUGUAGGAACUGUACAAUACCCCCAAAACAAAAACACUAAAACAUUAUACACGAUGCCCGCCGCCUCGGGACUUUUCGAAAAAGUGCGUCCCGGUCAUCUUUAGUGACCACAUUUUCAAUCGGCCAGCCAAUUGGGCGUGGGCCGUGGGUGAUGGCGGCGAUUGUUCGUGUGAUUGUGCAUUUUGUAUUAAGCAUUAUUAAUAAAGACAUUUUUCCAAAAA